UGACACAUAUUCCUGCAUUGCCCUUUAGGAGACUCCUCCAAAAAUUAACUUCUGAUUCAGCUUUUUCAUUGCAGCCCAUAUCAUCUAGUGCUAAAGUUCAAUGGCCAACAGCCAGCUGAAGCCUGUUGCAUCUCUGCUUCUGGUAUUGAACUUCUGCAUGUAUGUCAUAAUCCUAGCCAUUGGUGGCUGGGCUGUGAAUAAAGCUAUUGAUCAUGGUUUCAUCAUAGGGCCUGCAUUUGACCUUCCGGCGCAUUUCUCACCUAUUUAUUUUCCAAUGGGAAAUGCUGCCACCGGAUUCUUUGUCACAUUUGCUUUGAUCGCCGGAGUUGUUGGUGCUGCUUCAGCAUUAGCUGGUAUCAACCAUAUCCGUGCUUGGAAUGCUGAUAGCUUGCCAGCCGCAGCUUCAGUUGCCACCAUUGCUUGGACUCUCACUCUUCUCGCCAUGGGGUUUGGCUGCAAAGAGAUUGAACUUCACAUCAGGAACGCCCGUCUGAGAACCAUGGAAGCAUUUCUGAUCAUCCUAUCAGCUACACAGCUUCUGUACAUAGCAGCUAUUCAUAGUGCCUCAACAAUCAGAACUUAAAAGUUCGAGCAGUCACCAGUUGUACAUGCAACUUGUCUCCAAAAUUUUUUAUGUUUUCCUCGUUUUUGCUUACUACACUUUGUGAGAAUUGAGUACAAGAUUAGCCAAUGGAAUUUGUAUGCUAAAAAGUAAUUGGUGUGAUUUGAUUGGAUUUGUAUUAUCAUCAAAUAAUAACAAAAUGAUGUGCAAAGGCAUAAGUGCACUCUUCUUGCUUUU